CCACACUAACAAAUUAUGCCAAUCAAUCAUUAUUUUUCAUUGCCAAAUAUAACAAACUCCAAUCAAUAAAAAAAACUCUAAUCUUUAUAUUCCACUUUAUGAUGAACCAGAAGUAAAGCUUUGAGAACAAAAAUGGGGUCUGCAACAUCAUCAAUGGCAGCAAAGUUAGCCUUUUACCCUCCAAACCCACCAACAUAUACCUUAAUCAGUGAUGAAUCAACUAAAAAAUUGGCAAUUUCUAAUGUUUUUAGAAGAGAAAAUGUUGAUGUUUUGAAGUUAUGUACUAAAAAAGGCAAUAAAAUUGUUGCUGUUUUUAUCAAGAAUCCUUCUGCUUCAUUCACUAUUCUGUAUUCUCAUGGUAAUGCUGCUGAUUUGGGUCAAAUGUUUAAUACUUUCUCUGAGCUUAGUGCUCAUCUUGGAGUUAAUCUUAUGGGUUAUGAUUACUCUGGAUAUGGGAAAUCUUCAGGGAAGCCAAGUGAGCAAGAUACAUAUGCAGACAUAGAAGCAGCAUACAUAUGUCUAAGAGAAAACUAUGGAGUAGCAGAUGAAAACCUCAUACUGUAUGGACAGUCUGUCGGAAGCGGCCCAACGGUCGAGCUAGCCACCCGUCUACCCUGUCUUAGGGCCGUAAUCCUUCAUAGCGCCAUCCUCUCUGGCAUUCGUGUCAUGUACCCUGUCAAGAGAAGUUACUGGUUCGACAUUUUUAAGAACAUAGACAAAGUUCCCCUUCUCAAUUGCCCUGUUCUGGUUAUUCAUGGGACAGCAGAUGAAGUAGUACAUUGUUCUCAUGGAAGGCAAAUAUGGGAACUAUGCAAAGAGAAAUUUGAGCCAUUAUGGGUAAUAGGAGGAAACCACUGCAACUUGGAGCUUUAUCCAGAGUACUUAAGCCAUCUAACCAAGUUUAUUUCAGCCAUCCCAAAACUACUGUCACCCAAUGAUCACAUAGAAUCUGAACAAACUAGCUCAGAUAUGGUAGAAUCAUCUGGUGAUUCGAAAGAAGUUAGUUUUAGGUCGAGUACAGAUCAAAGUGACUGGUCUUACUCUUCUCGGUUGAACAUCCUACAACGCCAACAUUCUAGAAGAAGUGUCGACAGUAAGGAGCUACCGAGUAGUAGUACUGACAGGAAAGAUAGGAGUAGGAGGAAGAGUGUAGACAGUCUCAGCAGAUCCAGGAACAGUACAGACCAAAAUGAUAAGCCAAGGAGAAGCUUCGAUAGGUUGGGAAACAUGGUAAGAUCAGUUGGGAUAUGCAAUGUUGAUUGUUUCAAAAGAACUGCAAUUUGAGUUAAGCGGAGCUAUUUUAGGGUGAAGAUCGGCCACAAUCCACCUUAAAAGAUUAUUUCUUUUACAAAGAAUAUAUUUCAAGUGUUGUUUAUUUGCAUGUGGUAUUUUGCCACAAAUUAGUCAAAUUACCUAUUUGUCUUGUUGUCAACAUUAUUUUAUUUCUGUUCACUUUAGUCCUCUACGUACCCUCUUGACAUAAAUCUUAGCUUCGUCUCCAUUGAUUAUGGAGAUGAGAUCAAUAUGAAACAGUAAGUCAUGGGUUUUUUUGAAUUGAGUUUAAAUAUUU